GCUUUUGGUUUCCUCUGCGUGAGAGACCCAAACCUGCUUGCAAAGGGCAGGCGGGCUCAUUCCGGGACAAGAGGAAGGUGUUGAGCAACAGUGGAACACAGCCAGCACGAGAGGAGUCGGCUCAGACACCGGGAAGACACAGCCAGAGGCCCCCUGAGAAGCGUUCCCAAGCCUCUGAAGGCUUAUGUGUGAGGGAGACCUGGGGCCCAUGCCCUGUGCCUGAUGGAGGUAAGACGAGAUGACGCGGGAGGGACUCCGAUUAGACAACAGGAAGGAGUUGGCUUUGAGAAGCACCAGGUGUAAGGUCCAGAUUAGCCGGUGGAUUUCAGGAAGCAUCGGCGGACAGAGCAGCGAGCUGGUCUCAAGAGGUGUCCCGGGGGGCAGGAUGGCCCAGGAGCUCAGCGAGAAGGACCUGUUGAAGAUGAACGUUGAACAGCUCAAGAAGGAAGUGAAGAACACAAGAGUUCCGAUUUCCAAGACGGGAAAGGAAAUCAAGGAUUUUGUGGAGGCUGAAGCAGGAAAUGACCCCCUUCUCAAAGGCGUCCCCGAGGACAAGAAUCCCUUCAAGGAGAAAGGCGGUUGUGUGAUAAGCUGACGGCCCUGGGGCCCCCUUGCCCUGAACGUCCGUCCCUCCUCAGCCCCACUCUCCACCAGGACGCGAGUGUCCCCGGACGCCCAGGGAGCCAGGCAGUUUUCACCGUCUCUGGGCCACAGCAUGAGUAAAGACACCUGGCCGUGCACUUGGGGGUCCGUUCCCCAACCCCUUCGACGCUCCCCUCCUCCACCUGCUGGGUCACUGCUGGUCCCGCCUGGAGACCCUCUGAGGAGAGCCUCCUUGGCUCAGCAGCUGGCACCUUGUGCGGUGGGGGUCUGAAGAGCGUGCGACACCCUGAGACCCGAGACGGGAAUCCUUAGAGACAUCUGGGCCACCACAGGGCCGUCCUGUCUUCCCCCCCCACUGUCGUCCGCAAACCGGCAUUCCUAUUCAGAGUAGUUUGGGUUCAGGGCUGGAGUAAUGGGUGGGGGGGGGGGGUCCUUCUUCUCCGUCGUGUGUCCGAUCCCUUGGUCCUCCCCCUAGUCACUUUAGAUCGCCCCAGAGGGGCCUGAGGACAAAAAGAGCUUGGCAACUCAUGAUGUCA